UUUCAGAUGGCAUUACGACUCCUUUAAGAAUUCUUGAGCAACUUAUCAACGAUUUGUGGUAUAAAAUUGGAUGAACUUGUCUGCAACAAAUAUGCCAUCUACACUUUGUGCACAACCGCAAAAAGUAUCGAAACUAGAAUUGUUGCCCGAAGAAAGAACAACUAAUAUAGCCAUUGAUAUCUCGAAAUGUGUCACAGAAAUGCAGUGUUUCGAUCAAGAUGCCGAAGAAACAACUGCGCAAGUAUUGACAAAAUUUAUUUCGAAAGACGAACUCGGUGAAAUUGGAAUUUUGAUUAAUGAAAUCUGUGCGCAUCGUAUAACCGCAGCGAUUCAGGAACGAGAUGAUAUGUGGCGUCAGCAUGAAUCUGCUCAAAUCUCUUUUUUGCAAAACGAGAACUCCCAAAUGUUGACUGGAUUACACGCUGAAAUUGAAAGACUUCAUCACCAUUUGAGAGAUCUUUAUCGUAGACUUUAUGUGAAAAAUUCAUUCGACAGCAACACGACGCUCGAAAAUGAAAAUGAGCAACUCCGAAAAAGGCUAGAGAAAGCAGAACAGAAUACGGAUAAGCUGAAUCAGGAAUUGGAGAAAUGCGAGAAAAAAUUUAGAGAUUUGGAGCAACAAACUAAUGAAACCAUUAAAACACUAAGAAAUCAACUCACUUAUCAGGGUAACAGAAUUCAUCAGCUGACUAACGAACUCCGUGAAAAGACAACACAAAUAACUAAAUUAAUGACUCAGCUCCCAUUUGGAACGGUGGUUGAGGCAACUGAAAAGGAGGCUCUUCCUGGUCGAAAUCAUUUGCGUUCACAGCCAACUGUUCGUUGGAAUCCUGCUCCAGCAUCAUUUUUUGGUAAAAAAGACAAUAAUUUGCCACAUACGGGUUUAAUCCGUAAUGCUUCGAUAAUUUAUCCAAGCGGACGACCAAACGUUGUCGCACAAAAACACAGCUGUACAUCUUCAACGUCACGUUCACAUCAUCUACCAUCGUUAUACUUGAAACCACGCAGCGUGUCAUCGUCGGGACAUAGUAUCGAGAAGCCAACACGGUUACAGAUGCUAGGAUUACAUGAUCGGAUGUCGCUUACCCGUUCAUUAUAUGAAAUUCGAAAUUCUUGUAUUGCGAAUAACACCACAUCGUUAAAUUUCACGAAUUCUAAAGUUUUGACUUCGAUGGAUGAAUUGAUGCAAAAUACGGUAUAG